AUGUUCAAAAUGAGACCGCUGUGCGAUCUUAUACAAAAAAACUCUUGCCAGUGGGGAGUAUUUCACGAAAACUUAUCUAUAGAUGAAUCUAUGAUAAAAUACUUUGGUCGACAUCCCGCCAAGCAAUACAUAAUGGGAAAACCUGUACGAUUUGGCUACCGGAAUUGGGCAGCAACAAGUUUAGAUGGCUACUGCUACACUUUCGACAUAUAUUGCGGAAAAUCUACAGAAGUGUCGAUAGAUCCACUGGGCUCGAGAGUGGUAAAAUCCCUAUUAGCAAAGAUGACGAUAGUCCCAAAAGAACAUGUCGUAUACUUUGAUAAUUUUUUACCAAUUAUCAGUUACUCCACGACUUGCGACCAGAACUACGAGAAAAUAGAACAAAAAGUUGUCCUGUGGCUGAUGUAA